UCAUCUCAGUGGGACGUCGAAACAUGUCAUCCACACAAGCUUCCAAUGUUAGUGUCCAAGAAGACCAGACAGACAAAGAUGCUCGUCGAGCCAGAGGUGAAUAUGUUCGGGGCGUUGGCGCUGCUCGUAAUUGGAUCACAACAGAUGGUUCCACAGGUUUUAAAGCUGAAGCAAAUCGUUAUCAUCUGUACAUCGCUAACAACUGUCCCUGGUGUCACCGCUGUGUUCUUACUAGAUCGGUUAAAGGUUUACAGGACGUCAUCUCAAUGGAUGUAUGUUGGUACCGUCGAGAUGAGGACAAAGGGUGGCAAUUCAACCCCGAUAUACCAGGGUGUACACCGGAUACGGUGAAUGGAAAGAAAUAUAUUAUUGAUAUUUAUAAAAUGUCUGGUCUUAAACAGAGCUCCGUACCGAUAUUGUGGGACAAACAGACAAAACAGGUGGUAAAUAACGAGAGUGCUGAAAUUAUCCGUAUGCUCAACAGUGAAUUUAACCAGUGGGCUAAGGAGUCAAUCAAUUUAUAUCCCCCUAGUCUACGAGGUGAAAUUGAUGACUUUAAUUCCUGGAUUUAUCCUGAAAUUAAUAACGGUGUCUACAAAGCUGGGUUCGCCAAAUCACAGGAAGCCUACGAUGUCGCUGUUAAGGUGGUAUUCCAGGCUUUGGAUCGCUUAGACAAGAUCUUAUCAAACCGGCGUUUCCUUUGUGGGGAUCAGCUGACAGAAGCUGAUAUUCGUCUAUUUCCUACACUCUUUCGCUUUGACCAUGUAUAUGUAGUAAGAUUUAAAUGUAAUAAAAAAAUGUUACAAGAUUAUGACAAUUUAGGCGAGUAUAUUAAAGAUAUCUAUCAAUACAGUGGUGUUGCCAUGGCAUCCAAUUUGGAUCACUGUGUGAAAGGCUAUUUUGGGCGAAGUGGUAAUGGUAUCGUCCCGAUUGGACCAGGAAUUGAUUUCAGUCUACCCACCAAACGUUCACAGAUGAUAUAA